UGUAAAGAGGAAUCAGCUCUCUUGGUCCUCCUUCACCUCAAACACAUUACUUUAUACAAUGUCCUCAUCGAAGAGAAAAGAUACAGAAGGGUCAAAGCUCAGCUUGGAGUUUGCUAAAACAGAUGUGGAUGCUGGUGUUGAAGGACCAUACUUGGCUGUAUUUCCUGGAAUAGCUCCUCCAAAGGAGACUCCUUUUAAUAUCUACAAACCUGAUCAUGAGGAACCAAAAAGUAAAAAGAAGAGGCGCAUUUUGGAGGCUGACACGGGAAAAGUAGAGUUUGUGGGCCAGAAUUUUGGAGAGAAUGCUCGUAAUGGAUUCUGCAGAUAUGUUAUUGCAAUUCGUGAUAAGAAAACAGAUAAGAUCACAUUUAAGGAUGCUCCUGUCAUUGCCGUCAACCGAACUAUCAAAUCACUCAAGAACGCAAAAGUUCAUACAUCCAGCAUGGAUCAGUUUUUGGUAGCAAAGAAUGCUCUUGGGGAGGCUUUUGGUACCAAGAAAGCCAAGCAGCAGAUCAAGUCUGUGGAACGCAAUGCAGUCAAUGUCAGCACUUUGGACAAGGAUGCUGGUAUACUUCGCGACACGAUCGCUGCCAAGACCAGUGCUCUUCCUUCUAAAGCGGAGAUCAAGGCCGAGGCAGACGAGGACAGACCCAUUCCUCCUUAUAACCUCAAUGCUACAAAAGUCGAGGAAAUCUAUAACUUUGAUGACCUUAUCACUCCUGCAGAAUAUCAGCUCAUUCCUUUCAAAUCAAUUUUGAACAAUCCAAAUCAACCAAUAACUGUCUUGCCAUUCCAAGGAUCUUCUUAUGUUAAUGAUUCCCUCAUGGCAUUAAUGUCGGUUAGCAAGAAGGAUCGACACAAGAUUCGAGUAUUGAUGUAUAUUAGUUAUUUGAUGGCGUUCAGGACAAUCCCUGAUAAAAAACUAGACGACUCUGAUACAGUAAACAGAAUCAUGGGAGGUGAAGUUCCCAGUCUGAUCCUGGAGAACUUUUAUGAACGAUUCACAGAGAUGCCGGAGGAUAGUAAGAAGAGACAUACGUUCACACCAAAGUCAAAGGACAAAUUGCUAUCUUGGAUAUUUGUUCUCGCAUUGACACUUGAGAACUUUAAUAUCGAUGCUGCAGUAAUGACAAGGGAUCUAUCUUUGAAGCAAAACAGGGUGAAUGAAUUAUGGAAAUCUUUGGGAUGUAAGGUCAAUGAGCUAACAGCGACUCAGAAAGCUCAACUCGGCCCUAAUGCAUCUACAGAAGAGGGAAAGAACUUGAAGCGUGCUAUUUUGACAGCUCCAUUGACCUUCCCUCUCCCCAAACGGGGUCCAAGGGCCAAGUAAAAUCAUACAGUGAUAUGGCGGAUUGAGUUUGUAGCGCUAUUGAUGACAAAGUCUUUGAAGCAAACAAUACAACGUGUCAUAUUCUUUUUGCAUUGUAUCGCAUCACAUAAUCAU